AUGAAGACCGAGGACCGUGAUCUGUUCAGCAAGGUGGUGGAAGCCUGCGGGGAAAAGAUCGCCGAGAGUGCCUGCUGCGAUUGUGUGGCCGAUGCUGUCGUGGCGGCGACGGAGAUCGGCUACCCGGUGUUGGUCCGGGCAGCCUAUGCUCUGGGUGGGCUUGGCAGUGGCUUUGCCGACAACGAGGAAGAGCUGCGAAGGUUGGUCAAUGUGGCUUUGGUCAACAGCCCACAGGUGAUCAUCGACAAGUCUCUCAAGGGCUGGAAGGAGCUUGAAUAUGAGGUCGUGCGGGACAAGAACGACAACUGCAUCACGGUCUGUAACAUGGAGAACUUUGACCCUAUGGGCGUCCACACCGGCGAGUCCAUUGUCAUUGCACCCUCCCAAACGCUGACCAAUGCCGAGUACUAUCGUCUUCGCCAGUGCGCGUUGAAGGUUAUUCGGCACCUUGGAAUUGUCGGGGAGUGCAACAUUCAGUAUGCCGUAGACACGAAGACGUCUGAGUUCCGCAUCAUUGAGGUCAAUGCCCGGCUGUCUCGAAGUAGUGCUCUUGCAUCCAAAGCGACUGGCUAUCCGCUGGCUUAUGUCGCUGCGAAGCUGGCGCUGGGCCACGACCUAGUCCAGCUGAGGAACAGCGUCACCAAGUGUACGACUGCAUGCUUCGAACCCUCCCUUGACUACUGCGUCGCAAAGGUGCCGCGCUGGGACCUGCAGAAGUUCUCCACCGUCGAUGCCCGCAUUGGCUCUGCGAUGCAGAGCGUAGGAGAGGUCAUGGCCAUUGGGCGCACCUUCGAGGAGACCAUCCAGAAAGCAUUGCGCAUGGUGGAUGAUGCAAGCCUGGGAUUUGACCCCAUUCGUUACGAGUUGGAGCUCGGCCGCCGUGGCUUAGCCACCUCGGGUCCAAACUUUGAUGCGGAGCUCAAGAAGGAACUGGCCAACCCGACUCCGGUGCGAAUGUGGGCCAUUGCCAAAGCCUUCGAGCAUGGGAUGAAUGUGGAAGAGGUUCACACGUUGACCAACAUUGAUCGCUGGUUCCUGUCGAAGCUGCACGGCCUGCACAUGCUAAAGGGUACGAUGAAGUCAUUGGACUUUUAUGCAUUGCGGCAGAAUCCAGUGCUCCUGAAGGAGGCUAAGACCCGUGGUUUCUCCGACAAGCAGAUCGCUGCGAUCAUUUCUGCGCCGGAGAAGAUCAUCGACAGCGAGAUCUCUCCGCACCUGUUGCCCUCUGAUCACGGCUCUCAGCGCUACUCUGGAGGUCCCGUGUCUGAAGCUCAUGUCCGGCACCUGCGCAAGAAGUUGGGCAUCGUCCCUACCGUCAAACAAAUCGACACGUUGGCGGCAGAGUUCCCUGCCACUACCAACUACCUCUACGUGACCUACAGUGGAGAUGAGCACGACCUGCAGCUUGCGGGGAGUACGAAGCAGUGCUCCGAUCUGCCAGGAACCGACCUGAUUUCGGGCUACGCGAUUCCAGAACCACUUGCACUCAAUUUCCAGAGCUCUUCCGAUGUGAUGCAGCAGAGCAGCAAGGCAAACAAGGAUGUUGAUGCUGACUCCAGAAUUGUCGUGCUGGGUUGUGGGCCUUACAGGAUCGGCAGCAGUGUUGAGUUCGACUGGUGCAGCGUAAACUGCAUUCGCACUCUUCGAUCGCUGGGUCAUACGGCCAUUGUUAUCAACUGCAACCCCGAGACUGUUUCCACAGAUUUCGAUGAGUCAGACCGACUCUACUUCGAAGAGCUUAGUCACGAGCGUGUUAUGGACAUCGCUGAACUGGAAGACCCACGAGGCGUGGUGAUUUCUGUCGGUGGCCAGACCCCGAACAACUUGGCUUUGGGAUUGCACAAAUGUGGAAUCCGCAUUCUUGGCACAUCUGUUGAGGCCAUCGAUGCUUGCGAGGAUCGUAACAAGUUCAGCCAGCUUUGCGACUCCCUGCGCAUUGAUCAGCCUGAGUGGUCCCAGUUUGCAACAUUGCAGGAAGCCCGUCAAUUCUGCAAGGUGGCAGGCUUCCCGGUUCUGGUGCGCCCUUCGUAUGUCCUUUCCGGUGCUGCUAUGCGUGUGGUCACCAACGACGGGGACCUCGACUUGUUCCUGAAGACAGCUGCCGUGGUAAGCCGAGACCACCCGGUUGUAAUCUCGAAGUACAUCACUGGGGCGAAGGAGGUCGAGAUGGAUGGCGUUGGCAAGUCCGGGGACCUUGUGAACUAUGCCAUUGCGGAGCAUGUGGAGAAUGCCGGGGUCCACAGUGGAGAUGCCACGCUGCUCCUUCCGGCCCAGCGCCUCUUCGUUGAGACCCAUCGAAAGGUCAAGAGCAUCUCGCAGAAGCUCUGCCGUGCUCUGAAGAUUUCGGGGCCUUUCAACAUCCAGUUCAUUUGCAAAGACAACGAAGUGAAGGUGAUCGAGUGCAACCUUCGGGCAUCCAGAUCCAUGCCUUUCAUUUCCAAGACCUACAAUGUGAACUUCAUCGAGCUGGCGACCCGCAUCAUGACAGGGAUGCCUGUGCAUCCUGCAAUUAUCCAGCCGAUGGACAUUGACUUUGUAGCAUGCAAGGUUCCGAUGUUCUCCUUCGGCCGCCUGAAAAAUUCUGAUCCCCGACUCGGUGUCGAGAUGUCUUCCACCGGCGAGGUGGCAUGCUUCGGGGUCAAUGCCUACGAGGCAUUCUUGAAGGGCAUGAUGGCAGCGAACUUCAAGCUGCCGACAAAGAACAUUCUAGUUUCCAUCGGUCCUGCUGCUGCAAAAGCCGAGUUCCUGGCAAGUGGUGCUGCGAAGCAGCUUCAGGACAUGGGCUUCACCCUCUUUGCCACGAAGAACACGCACGAGUACCUCACGAACACCGGCGGACUUUCUUGCAGCCUGGUCUACAAGCCCCUGAUCAAAAGAGAGCCGAACGUGCUAACGAUGCUGCAGACGGGCAAGAUCGAUUUGGUUAUCGAUGUCCCGGACUCCAUGGACUCCGACGCCCUCACAGAUGGUUUCAAAAUUCGACGGGGUGCCAUCGAAGCAGCUGUGUCGCUCAUCACUGACAUCAAGACUGCAAUCUUCACCUGCUCCGCCUUGCACCGGAAGUGGGUCCGAGAAAGUAGUGGCAAGCCCUUCUGGGAUGUGUGUUCCUGGCAAGAGUAUGUAGAAAUUGUGGAGAGGCUCAGCUAA